AUCGGCUCUACCGAUUGUUGUUUCCCGCGUAAAUUGCGACGCUGUGCAGAUGGUAGCGAUGGUGGAAAGAAAUGUUUUUAAUAAAUUAAUGAAGUUGUUUCGUCAGGUCGUUUUUCAACUUUCAUACCAACUUAUUUCGUAGCAAUGACACGGUCUAAAAAUAACCUAGUUCAGGCUAAGCCGACAUGGUUAGGUGUUGAAAAGAAAUGUAGGAAAAGAAAUCCAUUUACGUUUACGUGCAAAACUUACGAGGGGUUUGAAUUUAACGGCACAAGAGCAUGCGUUGGCGAUUUCGUUUUGGUAAAUGCUGACAGUGAUGAACCUGAUACUGUAGAAGGAUGUGAUGUAGCAAGAAUAGAACAUUUAUUUGAACACUCAACAAGAAAAAAUGAUAAGCAUAGAGCAAAUGUGCAGUGGUUUUCAAAGCCGAAUAAACUACCUGAGAGCGUCGAUAGGGAUCACAUAGAUGAGAUUUAUGAAGUCGUUGAGGACCAUCGAAAAUUUAGCAACAAUGUGAGCAUUGAAACGAUAUAUCAAAAGUGUCACGUAAUCUAUGCAUAUCAAGAUGCAAUACCUCAACAAGUACAUGAUGAGAAUAGAAGCUAUGGAAUAGUAUUUGUGUGCCGUUACAGACUAUGUACAAGAAAUUGCCAAUUUUACAUUGAGCCAGUGUUGAAUGUUGAUGACAUAUCGUCGAAUCCUACUCAGAGUAAAUCUUGUCUUAGAAAUGAUGAUGUGGACAAAAAUAGAAUAAAAUAUAUGCCAAAUACAAUUGUGACUGAAGAGUUAAAUGGUUUAUCAAUCAAGGAAAAUACAUCACAGGAGGCCGAAAGCAGAAAAGAGAAACAACUUGUUACAUCAAAGUCUAAAUCUGUCGGGUCAAAAAAUACUUUGCAAAACAGAUCUACAUUACAACAAUUUUCUACCAAAAGUAACUCUGAAGCUUCUAGCGCUCUAUCACCAACCAGAGAUGCUUCCGGUGUGUAUCAAAAUUCGAAUAUUAAGAAUUCUCCAAAAGCAACUCCCAGAAAAAAUCUUCUCAGAAGUAGCAGGAGGAGUGAAGCACCGUUGACCAGUACUUGUGUCACCAUCUUGAGAUCCAGGCGGGAUACACAUCGAACUCCUUCGGAGAAUGAUAUCAACGACGAAGUAAUAGAAAGUACUCCAAUCAAAAGCAAGUUGAAUGGUACAGUGCGAAAACGUCGAGCUUCUAGUGGUAGUAACAGCGGAGAAAGCUUAGAACCAAGGAGUCGAAGCAGCUCACCCGAAAUUGUGUCAGUUGGCCCUCCAGCAACUUACAAGCUUUGUCAGCUAAGUGGACAAAAUUUCAUAAUAAAGACACCAAUCGAUAUUCAAAGAAAGGAGACAAAAAAAUUAAAUGACUUGGAUAUAUCAAGCAUGCUGUUGUCUGAUGAUUCUGAUAAUGAACCAAUUAUUGACAGAAUUAUAAGAACCGGGUCAAAAAUUGUAGCAAGAUCAAAAUCAGAUGACACUGACUUUGAACUAUUGCAUACUCCAAUAAAAAAUGUUGAAUCAUUGGACAACAUAAAUGAGAAUACUCAAGUAGAGACUCCAAAAAGUGCACGUCGUAAUUUGUCACGGUGUUUGGAGAAUGAAAAUAGUUGUGACGCACGCAAAGACUUACUCUUGAAAAAAAUGGCAGAAAAACGUGAAGAUGCUUCAUUACGAAUAAAGCUGUGUAGAUCGUCUGAAUGGAGUAACUAUAAAAUAGAUUCUGAUUCAGAUGGCAGCGUUAACAAUAAAACGAGAAAACGAAAUGUUCCAUCUACUCCAAAAAGUAUAUUAAAAGUUAAUUCUAAAAGACCAAACACACCAAGUGUUCAUUUUGAUAAUCAUCCUGAGAUAAACGAAUAUUCACCAAUCUCUAAUCUAACUGAGAAACUGAUUAGAGUAGAAAUAAAAUUAGACCGUGUCGACAGCGAACAUGUUCGAAAAUCGUCCAGAGAUAGAAAAUUAAAUUCGAAAUAUUCAGAUGGCUGGAAUGCUGCUUCCCCGCCAAGCAAAAAAACAGAUUCCAAAAAAGUCAUUCAUGCAUCUACAAGAUCGAAUGAAACUCUCACGAAACGCAGUCGUAGAACUAGUAAUUCCAGUGAAAAUAACGACGACCCCGAUUUUUCUAGAGUGUCUCUGAGACCUAGAACGAGAAGCUUAAAAUAUUCCGAUCAUUAUGCCGACGAUAGUCCGUCACCAUCAAAAAAAAAAACUCCCAGCAAACGUAUUCGUGAAAAUGUUAAUUAUAACGAAGAGGCCAACAAUGAUUAUACAAAUUUAAAUGAAAAGGAGAUGAGCUGUACAAUGGACAAAAUGGAGUGGAAUGAUUGUGAAGUUGUUGAAUCUAAUGAGGAAAAUGAUCCCAACGGAACUCCAAGAAUGGCUACAAGCUCAAAAUAUCCUAUCAUCAAAGGCAGCAAUAAAAGCAGAAAUGUUCCUAACGACCAUGGAAUUUUAACCGAUAAAGAGAAAGCACUAAAUGUAGUAUCAAAAGAAAACAAUAACAAAACUAGUAUUGCCACAAACAAAAAUGAAGAUCUCAAAUUGAUGCAAACACCCAGGAGAUCUAGAAGAACUCUGAGUACUCAUGAUGAUGUAUCGACUCCUGAUCGAAGAAGCGGGAAAUUAGAUCAUAAAGAAAUUGAACCAAAAACGCCAAGGCGGAGCGUUACUGCACCAAAACUUCAAACGCCUUCGAAAUCUGUGAAAACUGGUUUACUGACCCCAUCCAUGCGACAACGUAACAUAAGCAUUUCCCAGCCCUCGACGCCUCUGCAGGAAGCCAGAGCCCGUUUACAUGUCAGUGCUAUUCCUAAGUCUCUGCCGUGCAGGGAAGAAGAGUUUAAUAAUAUUUAUACAUUUUUAGAAGGAAAACUGACAGACAACAGCGGAGGUUGCCUCUACAUAAGUGGAGUACCUGGUGCAGGCAAAACAGCAACUGUAAAUGAAGUAAUACGGUGUUUGAGAAAAUCAGUGUCCAAAAAUAAACUUGAUCAUUUCGAAUUCAUUGCAAUUAACGGGAUGAAGUUAACUGAGCCAAGGCAAGCGUAUGUCGAGAUAUUGAAGCAAUUAACAGGGAAGAAAGCUACAUGGGAACAAGCUCAUGAGCUACUUGAUAAGAGAUUCACAAGGGCUGCGCCCAGGAGGCUUAUGACUUUACUGCUCAUCGAUGAGCUUGAUAUUUUGUGCAACAAACGGCAAGAUGUAGUCUACAACUUGUUAGAUUGGCCUGCUAAAUCGACUGCUCAGCUUGUAGUAAUUACAAUUGCCAAUACCAUGGAUUUGCCUGAAAGAGUUUUAAUGGGGCGUGUCACAUCUCGAUUGGGUCUUACCCGAUUGACAUUUCAACCCUAUACUCACAAACAGCUACAAGAAAUAGUUGUUGCUAGAUUAAAUGAUUCAAAUGCUUUCAAAAGUGAAGCCAUACAAUUAGUCGCUCGGAAAGUAGCUGCUGUAUCUGGUGAUGCAAGAAGGGCACUGGAUAUUUGUCGGCGCGCAACUGAGUUAGCAGAAGUAAAUAGAUCUGAUAUUGUGUCAAUUCAAGACGUUAAUGAAGCCCUAACGGAAAUGAUUGCCAGUCCAAAAGUUCAAGCUAUAAGGCAUUGCUCAGAAAUGGAACAAAUGUUCUUACAGUCUGUUUGUGCAGAAGUUGGACGUACGGGUGUCGAAGAAGUCGUUUUUAAGAACAUUUAUAGUCAGCUGAUAUCACUCUGUUCUCUAGAAGGUCUAAAGGUGCCUACCGUGACUGAAGCUAUUAUAAUUUGCGCGAAACUCGGUGCUUCCAGAUUAUUAAUAUGCGAACAUUCGAGAGCGGAUAUACAUCAAAGGGUCCUCUUAAAUAUCUCGUCGGAUGAUGUUCAUUUUGCGAUGCGCAUAACUGAUGUUUAGCUAAAAAAAAUGCCACAUAUUAUCAUUGCCCAAUAGUAUUUUAUGUUGAUUCGUUGAUAUUUAAGAUAAUUUGUGUGUGUCAUAUUUUAGUAAAAUACGAAAUUGUGAAAAUGAUUAUUUUUCUUUUACUCUUGUGACUAGCCAAACUUUUACAUACAUACAUAGUAUAAAUCUCGUCAAUAUA